GGCAUGCUGUUUGUCAACAAAAAACUAACUGAAAUUAAUUUAAAAAAUAUUUAAGUGUAAAAUGUCGCCACUAUUUCCACGAUGUUUGAAAAAUUUCAACGGCAUAUCUAUUUCGAAUUUUAAAUUGAUUGAGAACCAGAAAAUAAAUGAGUCACUAUGCAGAAUUAACAGAAAUAGCCGACGUUAUUCCCGCUGGGCCGGUCUCAGCUUCGGCCAGCGCGGCGAGCUGGACUGGCGGACGGUGCUCAGCGAGGCGCAGCAGGUGGUGGGCUACCCCACCUCGUUCCUCAACCUGCGGUGGCUGCUCAACGACGAGAUCGCCAACACUGCCCACCAUCUCAGGAAACUGGUUGGCACCAAUCACCCGCUUCUGAAAUCCGCGAAGAAUCUCCUCAUUGGCUCCAAGAGCGAUCUGCAGUCGGUGGGGCUGAUCGUGUUGCUGGUGUCCAAGGCGGCCGGCUUCAACGCGCUGGAGUUCACCCGUGACCAGUACGAUUCAGGGGUUCUUCAUGCUCAGAGAGGUUUGGCAGAAAUCGUUGAAAUGAAGAGAACUGGGCACAUGAUCCACAAGACGAUGGUGAACCUGCAAGAGAAGGAGAAACACGGAGACAAGUACAAGGACUUGCUCUACGGGAACAAAAUUGUUUUGUUGAGCGGAGACUACCUCCUGGCGACGUGUCUCCAUCAGUUGGGCAUCCUCCGCAACAACGCGGUCACGGAGCUGAUCUCCACGGGCCUCAGGGACCUGGUCGAGAGCGACUGCUUCGGGGAGCGCGACCCUGACAACAAUCCUGUGCCUAGUAAACCUAAAGGCCACAACGACAUCAAAGCGAAUUACCACUGGGAGACAGAAGACAACCUCGGCAAACUUGGUUCCAACGAGUUCCUCGGACAAGGCAAAGACGAAUGGAUACUCCGGACGAUGUUAACCUCAGGCAGCAUCCUCGGCAAAGGCUGUCAAGCUGCCAUGAAGCUUGCCAGAAGGGGUGAACAGUUAGAAAGAGAUGCCUAUGUUUUGGGAGGACAUUUAGCUUUGCUCUGGCAGUUACAUCUCGAUGUCAAAGACUUCUUCACCCAUCCAUACUCAUAUUCGUUAGUGGGAUCACCAGUGACCUUAGCCAUGUGGGAAUAUCCGAGUCUGUACGCGCAUAUAUUGCACGCAAAGUUGGAGAAAUCACCAGUGGAAUAUAAGCAGCUGUAUUAUGCUGUCCAGGCAACAAGAGCUAUGGAGUAUCUGUCGGAUUUCAUUGAUGACGAAUUGGGGGCUGUUCUGAAGUAUAGCGAGAGGUUUCCGAUAGAAGACGCGAGAGUAGCCAUACAGAGAAUGGCUCUGACGAUUCACGGAGAGGCGAUACAAUACAUCGAGAAGUGAAAGUAGAUUGAAUGUUCGGAAUCAUCCGAAAUGUUCGUUCGGCGAUUUGGAAAUUUUUAAGUAGAAGAAAAGAUGUCCAAGAUGAGUGUAAAACUGGAGAAUGGUUAAGGCUCUGUUUGAAAAAGGUUGAGAAUAAAGGAAUGAAUGAAUGUUCUAGGCGUAUCGAAUGCGGUUCUAUGUAUCUAGAAGGUCGUCGGUAGAUUUUGUGAUUUUCGUCAAUGGUUAUUCGUGCGUUCACUUGAUGGCAUGUAAAUUAAAUUAUUAUUAAAACA